CUUCCUUGUCAAGAUGGCGGCUCCCUUGACUCUACUUGUGAUUUUAUCCGUUACGAUCCGUGCCGUUCUGUACCGAUCCAGUCUAGCGGAGGUGAUAUCGGAGCGGGUGGAGGUCGUGUCUCCGCUGACCGCCUGGAAGAGAGUUGUUGAAGGUUUGGCUCUGCUUGACUUGGGGGUCUCACCGUACUCUGGAGAUGUUUUCCAUGAGACUCCUCUCAUCAUUUACCUCUUCCACUUCGUGGUGGACUACGCAGAGAUAACAUUUAUGUUGGCAGAUGUGAUCACUGCUGUGGCUCUCUACAUGGCAGUGAUGGACUACAACAAACAAGUGUUCAGAAAGCAGAAAUACGCCUUGGAGGCAGACCGCUACCCCCUCGACUGCCUGGAGCUCAUCAGAAGCCCAAAAGAAAUGUACUACAUCCCUCUGAAAGUCGCCAUGUUUUACCUGUUGAACCCGUUCACCAUCCUGUCCUGCGUCGCCAAGUCAACCUGUGGUCUGAACAACGCCGUCAUCGCCCUCUUCAUCCUUACUACAAUAAAAGGAAAUGUCUUGCUGAGUGCCAUAUUUCUGUCCCUGGCCACAUAUCAGUCCAUCUACCCUCUGACUCUGUGCGCUCCAGCACUGCUGUAUCUGAUGCAGCGUCAGUUCAUCCCGGUGAACUUCCGGCGUGUCAGCUUCUGGUGGUUCAUCGCGCAGUACGCCUUCAUGUACCUGGGCAGCCUGUUCGUCAUCGUCGGUCUCUCCUUUUUCCUGCUCGGCUCGUGGGACUACGUGCCGUCUGUCUACGGCUUCAUUCUCUCAGUUCCAGACCUGACCCCCAACAUCGGCCUCUUCUGGUAUUUCUUCGCCGAGAUGUUCGAACACUUCCGCCUCUUUUUCCUCUGCGUUUUCCAGAUCAACGUCUUCUUCUACACCAUCCCUCUGUCCAUCAAACUCAAGGAGCAUCCAGUGUUUCUGAUCUUCAUGCAGUUAGCUGUGAUCUCCAUCUUUAAGUCUUACCCCACUGUGGGAGACAUCGCCCUCUACAUGGCCUUCCUCCCUGUCUGGAGUCACCUACACAGAUUCUUGAGGAACAUCUUCCUGGUGUCCUGCGUCCUGUUGGCCUGUUCGGCUCUCUUCCCCGUUCUCUGGCACCUCUGGAUCUACGCCGGCAGCGCCAACUCCAACUUCUACUACGCCAUAACGCUGCUGUUCAACGUGGCACAGAUUCUGCUGGUGUCGGAUUAUUUCUACGCCUUCUUGAGGAGGGAACACCAUCUCAGCUAUGGACUGUAUCUGAAGAGGAAAGAUGGCUCCGAGGCUACACUAGUCCUUAAAUAAAACGCACACACACACACACACACACACACACACACACACACACACACACACACACACACACACACUCACUCAUACUGCCUGGCUGGGCAGUCUCUACCACGAAGGGAGAAACAGCUCGAGGUCUCACUUCAUCUUCACCGGGAGCAAACACAAACUAAGGAGGAUAAAAGCCGCUCUGGUCCUCGGACGAAAACAUUAGCACACGUACAGGAAGUGCGUCUGGUGUGACGUUAUACGCAAACUGCAAGUCACAACAUACAACAUGACGGACACAUGCAGAGACGGGAUGUAGAAUCUGGCUCCUGCCAUGUGAAACAAACAGACAACAGCUAAACAUCUUUAUCCUCCUUUUUCUCAUUUUUUUCCUCUUGAGCGCUCUUAUUUUGAAGCCUCGCUCUACUUGGAACCUGCACCGACGGGGGGUGGAUUUUAUUUUGAAGCCUUUUUUUCGUCAGAGCCAUUCCUAGAUGAAUUUUAUUCUGACACACACAGUUUAUCCUGCAGCUCCGUCCUGGACAGCGUUUUAUUUUGAAGCACCAACUCUCGUGCAGCUUUUUUUUUGUCUGAAAGGAAUCGUCACUCUUUGGGUGGGGGCUUUUAUUUUGAAGCCUUGUUCCGCCUGUGGAGGGGAAAUUUGUGUCUUGUCAUACUGAAUGUGGUCAGUGCAGUUAACCUCACACACCUCACACACCUCUUUGCCAUUGGUUGAGGCUGCGCAGGUCAAAGUUCACCAGUGAACCUCUUAAAGCUGCAGUAGGUAACUUUUAGACUCGUGCAGAUGCCAUAAAGAGCCAGAUUAUCUGUCUGAUGUAAAACUGUCAGGACAAAAAGUGAUUUUUAUAAAAGUUACCUGCAGCUUUAAACACUAAACUUAAUAUGAAAAGCUCCCACUGAGUUAAUAAUUCCUGAUAUCCAGCCGCUGUUUCAUGUUUACCUGAUUACAUUAGUGUUGAAACUGGUAUCUAUAGUGGCGGGAAGAGGAAGAGGAAAACUAUUUUUAAAGGGUUUAUAUGGAAGUCUAAAAAAUGUCCAUUUAUCUCUUUUUCUCACCACUUUCUUACAGUCGACUCUUUAACGAACAGACUUCAGAUUAUCAGUGUUGCAUCUCAUCUCAAGUGAAAACCAACACUAACAUCAUCCUGGUACAUAACUCUGGAGUAGUGAAAGCUUCAGCAGCCUGGAAACAGACAGUUCCUGUUAACCACCUGACCGAGAGCAACAGUGAAUGUGUUAAAACAACUGAAGUGCUUAAGUUCAGGAUCUGUGCAGAGCAGAAACAGGAGGUUAAGAUUUCAAUCCCACGUAUAAAGUUUGGGCUCAUAAUGUGCCACUAAAAUGAAUCGAUAACGACUUAAGUUUCAUAUUUUGGCUCUAUUCCUGCAUGCAGAUUAACAUAAUUAUUAAUAAUUAUUAUUAAAGUUAGAUUUAACCUCUUUAAAAUGCAUCAUGUGCCUGUCAGAAAGUGUUUGAAUAAUGUAAAAGUUGCUGGAAUAUAUGUUUAUUUGCUUUCUGGCUGACAGUUAGAUGAGAAGGUAUCACACUCAGGUGUAUGAACAGCGUAUUCAAUCAUUUAUACUCUCACAUCGUGUGAAUCUGUGGGUUUAAGAACUGCUGGUUCAUGGAUUUUGUUAUCAGAGCUAGGCGAGUUGUUAUACUAAGCUAAACCGGCUGCUGGUUGUGGCUUCCUGUGUAACAGCUGUAUCAGUCUUCUCAUCUAACUCUGCCAGAAACUAAAUAACCACUUUUCCCCCCCAGAAAUAUUCUUCAAAUUUAGGACAUAAAAGACGUCAUGAACAGUAUUUUAGUGGGAAACUCGUAUCCAAGGUGACACGAACGCAGCAUCAGCACCUCAUUGUACUCCCAACGUGUCCUGAAUCCAUACCACACUAACUAUAUACAGUAUGUGCUCACAUACUAACAUCAUAGUUCAGUUUGUGUCCAAAAAGUCCUAAUAUUUUAAUAUUUGUACUAACAGGACAUUAUACAAUAUGUGUGACGUCUCACUGCCAGUUAAACUUUAACAGGUUGAAUAUUUCUUUUGAUUUCCUCCUAAGCUCCUCCAUUUCCUUUCUGCAUUGCAUUGUGGGAGAACAGUGUCCAUCAACAGCACUCUGCACACUGACUUCUUUGUUACACUUAAUUAAUUCAACAGUAUGAACAUUAUACAUGCUGAUUUAAAUGAGUGUGUAGUGUGGAAUUGGGACAUCUUUCCAUUUGUUUACCUUUUUCAUUUAAUCUAGAAACCAGAAAAUUAAGACUAAUGAAGAAUUUCAUAUUUAAAAAUGUUACUGAUACAUAUUUUAUAAGGAUUUAAUUCACACCCAGAAAAAAAGCCUUAAACAGCCUCAGAAGUGAACACACGUUUUGUUGGACGCUGAUAUAAAGUUUUCUGUUUGACUUUAUAUAAUAAUCUACAGAUGAAUGUUUUUGUUUAUUAAUUGGUUUCUCAAUGUUAAAGUAAUAAUGAGCAAAUUUCACACACUAAACAAAAGACCUGCUGCAAGAAUUUCAACACGCGCGGCUAAAUACGACCAAAAAACGCAAAUUAUUGUAAAAUUAUUGGUUUUCAUGUGAAGUGACAUUAAGAUCAGUGAAGAAGAAAAGAAAAGCAAACUGUCCAAUAUAAAGAAGUAACGUGUGAGACACAAACACAGACGGGUUGUGAUCCGUCUUUUUACUCCUCGGUUUGAUACCAAUGAGUGAGGAGUAAUUUGUGAUAUUUAUUUAUUUGCUGCACUAAAAAAAACUUUGCAAAGAGAUUUAAUUUUGUUUUUAUUCUAAGAAGGAGGGAGCUCUUGUUUUGCUACUGUAUAAAAAAAUGAAUGUGUUUUUGUUUUGUUAAAGAUAUUAAACUGCUGGGUUUGAAAGGGGCCGAUGUUAUUAUUUGAAGAAUGAGUGAACGUGUCACAAUUAAGGAUUAUUAAAGUUGAGGUGUUGGUUUAAAA